AUGAGCGCAGAAAGUGAGAAGAGCGUGCAUCCCUUCUUCAAGCGAGCCAACGGCAUCCACAAUGAAAGACCGCGCAAUGUCGUCGAAAUUCCGAAUAGCGAGAGUUCUGAGCCAUUGAUCAGUGAGGGACCAGAAAUACCAGAGGCCAAGCCGAAACGAGCCACGAGCAAGCGCAAAGUGAAGAAUGAGCAGAGCGAAGGCAAGAAGAAGAAAAUACAAAGGACACUGAGCAACAUCGCAAAUCCAAAGGGUACGGUGGAAGAAAGUGAUGUGAUAGACAUCGUCGCUUCCGAGCAUGCUACGCCCAGGAAGCGCAGGCGAACGAGUGAGCAUGAGUUGAUCAAGGUAGGCGCACAAGAUGUGGGAGAUGCCAUCGUACAAGUGGAGAGUUCGAGUCCUGCUCGGCAGCUUCAACACAGAUCGUCACCGCAAGUCAUCAUCCCAAGAUCAUCCCCACUGCCAAGGUCGACGGACACAAUCGUGGAGCCUUCAGAUCAUGACGAGAAUAAUAUUCCGUCUGACCCAGCUCUUCCAAGUACCCCUCCCAAGAAACUGCUGCGACUGAAUGCCAAUGGGAGAUUCAGCUCACCACCAUCGAAGAAUCCAAAAGAUAAGCCGGAGCCAGAACUAGAACCGCUGAAGCGUCGCGGGCGACCAAGGAGAUCUGCGGCUGCAGACGUGAAGCGAGAACUGCUCGUUAAACUGCACUAUGAUUCAGACGAUUCAUCGAGGACCUCACUGGGCGACCGAAUCUCGAGGAUCCUGGCUGGUGAAGAGACGGUGCCAGUCAAUAUUGUUGAUGAUGAGCCUACGUCGCGAAAGAGAGCGAGUCGCAGGCAGGCAUGCGGCAAAACGACGACGCCAAAGAAAGCAACUCCCAAGAAGCCACCGCACCCUUUCUUCAAUCGCGAGAAGCCAAAGGCACAACCUGUGCUCAAGCUCGAGUCUCCGCGCAAGACUUCUGCGGUAACACCUGGCAAGCUUAGGAUGCAGGCCAUGUCAGAGCGGCCGAACGAUGCACGAGAUAUCCAACCAUUCGGGUCAGCAUUGCUCAAAGAUCGUCUCAUGGUUAAGCAUCCCGGUGCGAGGGAAACCCCCUUUCCAGAUCGAGAGCAAGCCCAUGUGAGAGGAUUAGAUUCCAACCAUGUUGAGCCACCGAUGAAGGAGUUCACACUAGACAUGCUCUUCUCUCGACGCAAGCGAAAGCAAGCAAGCCUGCCCCUCCCGCCUCAAGAAUCGAUAUUAUCUCAGUUCGCAUCGCGACUAGAGCCAGAAUCGGAACGACUGCAAAGAUCAGAUGGUUUCUGCGAGCCUAGCGCCCGUCUAAAAGUGCCUGUGCGUCUCGUCAUGUCGGGACAAGAUAUCGCAGAGAGAGUAUCACGCGAACUUUCGAUGCCGCUGCAGGAUGCAAGUAUUGAUGAGCUCGCGUCCACUUCUUCCCAAAGUCCAGGUCAUCCAGCCCUGCGAAGAAUGUACGAAAGAAUACCAUCUAUGCUUACUGCACUUGACGAGUCCAAAGGCGAGGCGCAUACGUGGACGCAAAAGUACGCCCCUUCUAGCUCUGCUGAUGUGUUGCAGCCAGAGAGUGAAAUUGUAAUUCUGACUGACUGGCUCAAUUCGCUCGCUGUGCAGUCAGUGGAAGGAACUGGAACUCACAUCAAGGCCUCCAUUCUCAAGCCGGAAAAACAACCCAAGCGGAAGAGAAAGAAGAAGCCAGACGACCUAGAUGAUUUCUUAGUCGACAGCGAUGAAGAUGCGCAUGAGAUGAGUGAGAUCGCAGAUUCCGUAAAUGUCACUCCCAUGGGGUCACGCAAGUCUUUGAAGAGCAUUGUGCAGGUCGCUGGAGAUGGCACAAAGCUGAGCAAUGCCGUGCUGCUCAGUGGUCCUCAUGGCUGCGGUAAAACAGCGGCGGUAUACGCAGUCGCUAAAGAGCUGGGGUUUAAGGUGUUUGAAAUAAGUUCAAGUGAGCGAAGAAGUGGUAAAGAUGUGCUGGACAGAAUAGGUGACAUGACUGAGAAUCAUCUUGUCAGGCAUCACGGUUCAGAAGCAGGAGAAAUAUCGGGUCCGGAAGAGCCCAGCCAUAUGGACGAAGCAUUUCAGAAAGACCUUCAAAGUGGCAGGCAGGGCAAGAUGAGUGCCUUCUUCAAGGCGACCAACAAGCCAGUGGCAAAGCCAAAACAGCCCGAACCAAAGAAGCUUAUGAAGGAGAAGGCGCAGAAAGCUGUUAUCGAAGCUUUGAAGAAGCCAUCCAAGGAUCAGCAACAGUCAGUGAUCCUGCUCGAGGAAGUCGACAUCCUCUUCAAAGAUGACAGAGAAUUCUGGUCAACGAUCCUUAAGCUCAUCAGUACUUCGAAGCGACCGUUUAUCAUGACCUGCAACGAUGAAGAUCUGGUGCCGCUACAAGCUAUGUCUCUUCACGCUAUACUGCGAUUCAGGCAGCCUCCCUUGGACCUCGCCACUGACUACAUGCUACUCACUGCAGCUGCGGAAGGCCAUUUGCUAAAACGGGGCGCGAUUGCGAGUCUCUAUCAACAUCAUGACCAUGACCUGCGUGCAUGUAUCAUGGAGCUUGACUACUGGUGUCAAAUGGGCGUGGGCGAUCCUCGAGAAGGGCUGGGCUGGAUAUUUCAGAGAUGGCCACCAGGAUCUGACCUAGAUGCACAUGGGAGGAAGCUGCGUGUCGUUAGCGACGGCACGUACAACCAAGGCAUGGGUCUCACACCAGCACAUGAUCCGACAGCCGAGGACGCUGUGUGGUGGGCUUGGACUGAGUUUGGUGUUGAGCCAGCCACGGCUCUUGGAUUGACUGCAUAUAGCGAAGGUGCGGAAGGCAUUGGACGUCCGGACGGCACAGAGGCUUCUCGUGACACCACUGGAGAGCGGAAGGCCCUAAAAGUGCACACGAGGCUGGCAGAAGCUUUGAGCGCAGCAGAUGCUUGCACGGGUUAUGCGCUUCCGAGUGACAGGCGAUUCGACGCGACGUAUCCCGAGAUGUCAGACAAAGUCCGAGGACACUACAUCGAAGGCAUGGCGCUGCUGCAGACUGAUGAGCUUGUUGACUACUCUGAUGUGAGCAAGCAUCUGAGGGUUUCUUUGACGACUUCUGUCUACAGAUGCUACGACGCAUCCGAGCGCCUCAAUGCUGAACACAUCUUGGCCAGCAUACCCAAGAGCAAAGCUACGGUCACUCAGGCGCUCACACGACAUUCCUUCGCCUGCUUCGACGCCAUAUCCUCGCCCGCCGAGAUCUCGCUGAUGAACCCAGGUCUACAGCAGUCAGCAUUUGAUGGCCCACUCAGCACCAUAACGCAGGACUUGGCACCGUAUGUCCGAUCAAUAGUGCAGUACGAUCAGGCUUUGGAGGAGCAACGCGAACGACUUAACCUGAUUACUUCAGAAGGUCGGCAGGCCAAACGUGCACGAACGACUCGCGCAGCACGAAGCGCGCUUGAGGGAGGUCAACGAUCUACGACGAGACGAGAGAGAUGGUUUACAAGAGAUCUAGAUGUGCAAGCUGUCCUGAACACAGCUGGCAGAGACUGGCCAAAGCUCGAGAAUCUAGCACUGGCAUCGCUUGGAGAGGCUUCUGCUACAGAAGGCGCAGAUGCGCCUGCUUCAAGUGCAGACCAUAUGAUAUAG